GAUCUAGCUUCCAGAUCAAUGAGGUCGUUGCCUAAACCUUGCUGAAGAAAAAAGUUACGAAUCAAGCAGUGCGUUUUCGACGGAAAACCUUUUACAUUGGAAUUCAUUCAACAUUUUCAAAAUGGGAAGCUGUAAAGAAAACGAAUUAGACGAAAUUUUGGCAAUCCAGAAGCGCGAAGAGAAUCUAAUGAAGCUCAUUCAGGAAACUGGCUGUGAAAUUAUACAAGAAAAUGGCCAACGGAAGUUCGGUGGACCACCACCUAAUUGGGAAGGCCCACCACCACCGAAAGGCACUGAAAUUUUUGUGGGGAAAUUACCACGUGACGUAUUUGAGGAUGAGCUAUAUAGACUCUUUUCAACUAUCGGGCCCAUUUACGAGCUUCGUUUAAUGAUGGAUUUUAGCGGUUCAAACCGUGGAUUCGCGUUUAUCCAGUACGCCCACCGACAUGAUGCUAAUCGAGCAAUCGCGUUGAUGAACAACUACGAACUGCGACCGAGACACCAUAUUGGAGUGGUGAAAUCUAUUGAUAAUUGUCGGCUUUUCGUCGGUGGUAUACCUAAGAACAAAUCUCGCGAAGAAAUCCAAUGUGAAAUGGAAAGAUUGACCGAAGGCGUGUCUAAAGUCAUCGUUUACAGUUCCAUCACAGACAAAACUAAAAAUCGUGGUUUCGCCUUUGUCGAAUAUAUAAACCAUAGGGCUGCCUCCAAGGCUCGUAGAAAGUUAAUACCCGACCGGAUUCAAUUGUGGGGCAAAGAAAUUGCUGUUGAUUGGGCUGAACCGGAGAACGAAAUCGAAGAAGAUAUUAUGUCGAAGGUUACGGUUUUGUACGUACGCAACUUGUCACUGACCACAACGGAACAAGUAUUGCGAGACAUUUUCAAUCAGGCAUCGGAUGAUAAUGUGCAAAAACUUAAGAUGAUGCGGGAUUUCGCAUUCAUUCAUUUCAAUUCCCGAGAAAAAGCCGAGAAAGCCAUGCACACUAUGAAUCAUGCAGAAAUCAACGGGGCGACGAUCGAGAUAACAUGGGCGAAACCGGUCAGAGACAAGAAAGCGAUCAAACCAAAAACGCCUUCUAGGAAAACCUCUUCCGUUUCGAUGACUUCGGUUUCUUCCACUUCAUCCCAUAGCCCUUGUAAAUCGGCGAUGAAAUUUUCCACUCCCUACCAUGGCGAACGCAUGUUGUCACCCCCAUCUUCGCUUAACUAUUCGCCAAUGACGUUGCCACCAUCCUCAAUCAUGCCAGCAUUGCACCAUCACCAAGCAAAUCAGCUUCCAAACAUCUUCGCUGUACCUCCACCGUUCCACGCGGGUUUUCAGUCUAGUCCACCAGGGAUCCUCUCGAAUUCUCCGAGCACACUUUUUCCUCAAACAAAUUUCAUGCAAAACUCGGGUCUCGACCUCAAUGGUAACCGUAACUACAACGCCAGCAUCACAGCAGAUACCAGUUUCCGCGUACGCAAAACUCCUGACCCUAUGAUGUAUACUAAUUUCGGACCACCGCUUCAUCCGCAGCCAAACUGGAAUGGAGGGGAAUGUAGUCGUUUUGGAACCUCUCGCGAAUCACCGAAGUUCUCAAUUGACGGCUUGAGUGCACAGUUCCAUAAGAUGAGCUGCAACAACUUCAAUCGCGUCGGUUUCAAUGGUAAUGUCAGCAUAAAUCCAUUCCAGGUUAUUCCACCUUUUCCAUCUCGCUCGUUGCUUCCGUAGACGUUCAAUACCUAUGAUUUUAAAGUAUGCACUUUCACUGCUCACCUUUUUUGAAGCAUCUUCGUACUUAAUAUUAUUCCAGUUCAAGUUCUCUGACUCUGUCGGGCUGUUUUCGCUAGUUCAUAUCUAUCUGUUUGAUUGUUCGUUUGUUGUGUUUUUCGUUUUUCUUAUAGUCUUGUCCCACAGAGCCGCCUGCUAACUAAACAAUUUCUACUGCAGCAUUUUCCUGUAAACUUAGCAAAGAACUGUUGCCAUCUUAAAACAUUUUAAUAUUUGAAAGAAAGAAUUGCUGUAUGGCAAGCUAUUCGUCUCACUUUCUGAAUUUGUUGAAGUAAAACCAUUUAGAUCGAACAAAUAGUUAUACAUAACUUGAAAAUAAGUAGCGUUACUCCGCCAUACUUGUGGAUUAAGAAAUAAUUUGCUUUGCGUAUUUUGAAAACCUUAGUUUUCCGUGUAUUCGAUCAUAUUUUUCACGUCUUGAAGUGGUUGGUCAAAGCUAGGGCGUCUGUCCAUCAGCUAGCUCCAGGAUUUGGUGUCAUGUGAGCAAAGACAAUCACGUUGAUGCUUCGUGCAUUGUUGAGACUUCGUGAAAUCUUACGGUGGUCCUGUGAGGUUUUCGGUCGUUAUUGAACCUAUAGAACGGCAACGUGCUUGAGCUGUGCGAUGUUUAGAUGCUCUGACUGUUCAACUAUCAUGGACAAAAAGAGACCGUUUCCGAAAUGCAAAGCUAAUUAUUUCUUGUUCGCCGCUUACUGGGAGUUACUAACCACAAAAAAAUUGACAGCUGUCUCGUUUUUAAGGGUUUCAAAAGUUAAACUGUUCAAGUGUUCGACCUUCAAUUAAUUCAGAAACUUGGCACAAAAGGCUUUCCAUAUUGCUUAUUUACAAGAAUACUUUGCCCUGAAGGGAUCUAUCUACCUUCAAUAUCUAUUUUAGAGACAUUUUUUUUAUUUAUUUUCACUUAAGGAAGGAAAAGGAUGUCAACUAAAUUUAAAUCACUUUUUAUAAUUUUUUGGUAUUUUUCUACAAGAAAAUAAUUUUCUUCUAUUCCGAUUUAUUUUUCAUGGAUUGAAAUAUCUUUAUUAGCAUUUAGUAAGUUCUGUGGGUUGCAUCUCUUCUUCGCCGUUGGUUAUUUUCUGCAUACCUUUCACACGUUUGUAUCUUGAAAAACAUUUAAUCCAGCUUGCACUCUUAUUUAUGAUAACAUGUUUGCUUUUUCCAUU